AUUUAUUUCUUUUUUUUUCAUCCGAGCUGCCGCCAUGUUGUUCUGAAGCAGGAUGACAGCAGAACGGCGCAGAAGAGGGAGACGGAACUAAUACGACAAUAAAUGCCAAAUAAACUCAGUUUUUGGGGGCACGGCGCAAUAUUACUGAGACAGACGAACCGAACAAUAGAUUAGCCGUUGUUGUUUUUGCAUUUCGAACAAGCUGUAAGGGUUUAAAGUGCAGCCCUCCGAUUUCCUGGAUAUUCUAUAUUUCGUUUUCCUAUGGCGUAGGCUUUUUUAAAGACUGUAUUUUUAUUUCCUGGGGGUGGGAGGGGGGCCUUCCAGUAAAAUAAAGGAUACCGAUUGUUAUAAAGAAUUACUGAACUCGGAAAGCCGACCAAAUGUGUAAUACAAGACUAGUCACAUUUCUAACAUUCGAAUAGCUACUGGCUCCGUCCCACUGGCUUAAGGACCGCCAUACCGUCUUUGGAUCCAUAAAUUGUCAUUUCAAAGUAGGCUAAUUGUACGAGUAUUUUUUUUAUUUAAAAAAAGCAAAAGACGGGAGAUACUCAGCCUUUUCACCUGGAAGGUCGCGCACAAAAGGGACAGCAUAGCCCACCGAAAAUGACGAGCAGUGUUCCAGCAGACAUGAUCAACUUGCGGCUGAUCCUGGUGAGUGGGAAGACUAAAGAGUUCCUGUUCUCUCCCAACGACUCGGCCGCAGACAUCGCCAAGCACGUGUACGACAACUGGCCAAUGGACUGGGAGGAGGAGCAGGUCAGCAGUCCCAACAUCCUCCGGCUCAUCUACCAGGGCAGGUUUCUGCACGGCAACGUCACGCUCGGAGCUCUGAAGCUUCCCCUCGGCAAGACCACAGUGAUGCACUUAGUCGCCAGAGAGACUCUGCCUGAGCCCAACUCCCAAGGUCAGAGGAAUCGGGAGAAGACUGGAGAGAGCAACUGCUGUUCGAUCCUGUAACUACGCCCAGCUGUCUCACUGAGCGCGCACACACACACACACACACACACACACACACACACACACACACACACACACGCGCGCGCUGCAGAAACACACUCAUUAUCACUUUACAUUGGAGGACCUGUAGGCUGUUCGCAAGAAACAUAAUUAUUUUAAAUAAUCUAUAAAACACAGGCAGGGGGAAGGGAGGAGGAAGUGACAAGAUGGAGGAGGAGGAUCUGGACUGCUACGCGUCUGUCAGCACCACGCUCCAGAAACUUCUUUUCCUGGAGGAUCCGUCUCGGAAGUAUGAAAAAAAAAAUAAUUAUGUUUUAUUUUUUAACUGCAGUUGUUCCCCAACAACCCCCCACGCCCUGCCCGAUACCGGUCCAUCCCUGUUUUGGAAUCAAUUUACACAGGAACGAGGCUGCCCCUCCCCGACUCGCUCACCGCACCCCCGCAGACCCUUGCGGCUACGCUCGGUCUGAACUCUUGGCAUACCGGACUGUCUGUCUGUCUGUCUGUCUGUCUGAAGACAGAUGUUAUCUUCUUUUUUUUUUUUUUCUUUUUUUUUUUUUUUUUUUAUGUAGUGAGUUUUUUUUACGCGGUUCACAGGGGGAGGCGGGGAGGAAGUUUUUGGGAUGGAAUUCCGUGUUCCUAGUUCUGUGGGAUGAAUGCCCUGUUCCCAUUGUACUGUCACUGUUCCUUUCUGGAUGCAAGAUACUCACACGUUCUGAAUUCCUCAUUGCAGGCUAGUUACAAUGGCAUGUUAAGUCAAACCCUAGAAAGUACAAUUUAACCACUAAUUUGAUCAAACUUGUAUUAUUCAGCUCAAAGUCUCCCAGCGGUACAGCAGAGAAACACAUGGUCGUGCCUGUAAUCAGACUGCACUUGGCAGAGGAGUAUUUUUUUAAUCCUGUAGGCAUUCUGAAAGUGCACAUCAUGAACUAAUACGCCCUAACGCCACCAGUGCAUUCUCCUUACACUGACACAGGAAACACUUCUUCUGUCCAAUCACGCAUGGCGGCUUAACGAGUGAACUAACCAAUCGUCCAGCACUUACGCACCCCUCAGCUCCAGGCUUUCCCCGGUGUUGUGUCCCAGUGUAGCAAAGAGUGAGUCCCGGGAGAGAGAGCAGUGUCUCUCCCGGGAGAGAGAAAGAGCAGUGUCUCUCCUGGGAGAGAGAAGGAGCAGUGUCUCUCCCGGGAGAAAGAGCAGUGUCUCUCCCGGGAGAGAGAAAGAGCAGUGUCUCUCCUGGGAGAGAGAGUAGUGUCUCUCCUGGGAGAGAGAGAGAGUAGUGUCUCUCCCGGGAGGGAGAAAGAGCAGUGUCUCUCCCGGGAGAGAGAAAGAGCAGUGUCUCUCCCGGGAGAGAGAAAGAGUAGUGUCUCUCCUGGGAGAGAGAGUAGUGUCUCUCCUGGGAGAGAGAGAGAGAGUAGUGUCUCUCCUGGGAGAGAGAGAGAGAGUAGUGUCUCUCCUGGGAGAGAGAAAGAGUAGUGUCUCUCCUGGGAGAGAGAAAGAGUAGUGUCUCUCCUGGGAGAGAGAAAGAGUAGUGUCUCUCCCGGGAGGGAGAAAGAGUAGUGUCUCUCCCGGGAGAGAGAAAGAGCAGUGUCUCUCCCGGGAGAGAGAAAGAGUAGUGUCUCUCCCGGGAGAGAGAGUAGUGUCUCUCCCGGGAGAGAGAGUAGUGUCUCUCCCGGGAGAGAGAAAGAGUAGUGUCUCUCCCGGGAGAAGGAGUAGUGUCUCUCCCGGGAGAAGGAGCAGUGUCUCUCCCGGGAGAAGGAGCAGUGUCUCUCCCGGGAGAAGGAGCAGUGUCUCUCCCGGGAGAAGGAGUAGUGUCUCUCCCGGGAGAAGGAGCAGUGUCUCUCCCGGGAGAGAGAAAGAGUAGUGUCUCUCCCGGGAGAGAGAAAGAGUAGUGUCUCUCCCGGGAGAGAGAACAGUGUCUCUCCCGGGAGAGAGAACAGUGUCUCUCCCGGGAGAGAGAAAGAGUAGUGUCUCUCCCGGGAGAGAGAACAGUGUCUCUCCUGUGUUCACCCUCUCCUGUUUAACUGUGCUGUAAUAGUGGAUACUGGCGCAGCCCCACCCGGAAGUAAAUUUCUUUAUAUAUAUAUAUAUAUAAUUUUUUUCUUUUUUUGCAGUCGAUAAUAAUAAAUCAAUUUGCACAAUGCUGAAGCACGAGCUUUUUCAUCUAAUCCUGUAAAAAAAGGUUUUAUAUUUUUCCAAUGGGAAUUAUAUUCCAAAAUUAAGGUUACAUAUGUGUAGAAUAUAUUUAAUAUGAAUCUUAUAUAGUACAUGACUAUAGAUAUUAUUGAUAUAUAUUGGUGUUUAGUGUAUGAUGGUCUAUAUAAAUAGCUUAUUAGCCGUUCAAAUGGUCACUUUCAGACAGUAUGUCUUGUGCUUUAUGCAGCAAACCCUUAUCAUUGAUUCAGCUUAUUGUAAUAACUGUUUUUUCUUUGUUUCUUUUAUUUUUCAACUGUCGAUGAUCUAAUAUAAUCAUUUUUUUUCUGUGGUUAUUGCUUUAAAGAAAUGCUUUUUAACACAGUAAUUGGUCUUUAAAGAAAUGCUUUAUAACACAGUCAUAGGUCUUUAAAGUGUGUUCAUAUCGAUCAGGAUUCAAAUCUGUAUAAAGCGACGUUUUCAAACUGAUUGUAAAUAGCACUAAUGCUUUUUUUUUUUUCUCCUUCAAAUUACAAAAUGGAAUAAUUCUGUAAACUGAAUAAAGAAUAUUGAAAUGCUGA